UUUAUGCAUUUGGUUCUGUUUGCUCUGCAGAUUAAACCAGUGGAUCCUCCUGUAAACAAACACCUUUUUAAAAUCCUCAAAGGCCGAGUCGACCCAAAGGCAGCAGAUUUCCGUCACUUCAGGGAAAGCUUCAGGUUGUGCUGGGGCAGUGUGGUUAAUGAUUUAGAGGCCCUACUUCUCAGGGACUCUGCGGUACCUUCAGCCGAGGUGCACGGAGAACGGCCAGUAGAACUUUGCCACUGUUGGGUUAACAGCUGGACAAAGACCCCUUCAGCAAACACUCUCCUUUCUGCUCUUGACAAACAGAAGGAGGCAUGAAAUCUCACGUCAUGCCCAGGUCAGCGCUACAGACGAGGGGGAGGCACAGAGGCAGCUGCUGUUCACAUGCAGUCCUCCUGGAGGAGCUAUUUAGCCAGGAGAGCUCACCUGUGCAACUGCAGGGGCAAAUGGGCAGCUGGGAUUAUUGCCAUGUCAUGGUUAUUGUACAUUCAGAUGCAACGUCAUCUGGCAGCCAACUGGAAACACAUUCAGUCGUCCAAGAGGACCAUUAUCCACAUCCCUUCAUUAGGUCAAGAAACAACCCUUGAAAGACUUAGACUGCUUAUGGCCUUUCUCUUUUUUCUGAACCGUAACAUGUGCCUAUCCAUGCUGCUGAAGUACAGUCCACACACCUUGAAACGCGUCAGAGGCCCGAUGGAGGGGAAGAAGGCGUACAUAGUGGAUGGGGUGGCUCACUUUGACGACCUGGCAAUGGCUGAUGAGUUGAAAGUCCCAAUAGAACCAGCUGGUUCACUGCUCUGCAACAGCAAAUCUGAAGGGAGGAUGAUCUUUGCUACUGCUGGAGUUGAUGUACCACCUGGUCAAGGAGAUGUCUUUUCUCUGAGCCAGCUUCACAAGGUUCUAGCAAAGCUUAUAGUUGAAAACAUCACUGUGCUGAGCUGGCUUUGUAAGAUGAACUCACAUUACGGCAGUGAUGUUUGCCAUCUGACCCGCUUCUUCUGGGCCCUGCAGCAGUUUUAUCACUAUAGUCCUGAUCUGUGGAACUCUGAAUGGAUUCAGGGUGCCCCCACCCACCCACCCCCACCGCCUUCAAAGAGCAUCACCUUCCUGACAGUUGAUUUGCUGCUGGAGCCUGGGGGGACAGUGACCAUUUUGUCUUGUGGAGACCAGUUUUACGGCUCCUGUCAGCUGGAGGCCGUAGGCUCCGCCAUCCCUCAGACCUCUGUACAUUCAGAGACUUUGCACUCCCACUGCAUCCAUGUGGGUCAGGCUUGUAUGCACUAUUUUAGAGCAGGUUAUGUCUCUGUGGGCCUGGCUACCUUCAUGGACCUCAACACCUUGGGACAGAAGGUGUGGGCUGUUGAUCAGAACAUUGCAUACAGCAACCAAGUGGCCAUGACCCAGAUGCUUCUGCUGAUGACUGAAGGAACGGUGGAUUGGCUGUUUAAUAGUAUCAGUGACGGCGAAAGAGAAAUGGUGUGGGAGAGAAACUGGAGGAAACUUAUGACUGUUUACAUGUUUUGUCAAAAAAAAAAAUCUGUCAAUAUUUAGAGGCCAUAUUCCUACACUUCGUUCGGCUCCAGUUUUAUUUUUAUAUAGAAAGAAAUAACUUCACAGGAUAGUUGCUUUACUUGUAACUUAAUACUGUAAUUAUGUGCUAAACUCAAUUGAUGCUUAGGUGUUGAAUUCAUUAUCAUUUUGAUAGAUGAGCCUAAAUAAUGAGCACAUUAAUAAUUCAUACCAUUUUCAUUAUGCAUGUGUAUGCAUGCUUGAACACCUCAUCAACCUGGUGCCAGGCCUUAAACAAUAGGAUCCUUUUAUUAGCAGUAUGCCCAAGUUUACGCUUGUUAAUCUGCGACUUGUAUUAUUUUAUCAAACAUUCAUUUAGUUGGUGGCCUGGUGCUUCACUGCAGCACUUGAGUCUCUGCAGCUGUUAAUGGCUUCUGCAGUGGCCAUCAUUAGGGACCUGCAUAUUACAAACACAAUUAAAUCCCUGUUGGACACUUUUAUUGUUGUAUAAGAGCCCUGGCUUUGACAAGUGCAAGCACACAG